AUGCGAUCUUACCUAUUUACUGCCCUUCUUGCCUCAGGCGGUUUCGCCGCUCGUGAAUUUUUAAAUGAGCCUGACACUGGUAUUGACGAUGUUCUCAAAGAUCUCCCAAAGGGAACUCUGCCAAAUUUAUCGGACAUCAUUGGCCUCCCCGAUUUUGACUGGGCAGCUCGCCAUUAUCUCCCAACGAAGAACUACACUUACUACCGGAAUGGAGCUGCCGGAGAAUGGUCAUACCGUAACAACCUCGAGGUAUUCCACAGAUAUAGACUAAGGCCUCGGGUAAUGGUUGAUAUCACGAAAAUUGAGAGCACGCUACCGACAACUAUCUUGGGUCACAACUUCUCUGCGCCAAUUUUCAUUAGCCCGUGUGCCCGAGGUGCAUAUGGCCAUCAAGAGGGAGAACUCAACCUAUUGAAGGGUGCAGCGGCUGGCAACAUUUUAUACAUGCCGGCAUUGUUAGCAUCAUAUACGAUUGAAGAGAUUGCUGCUGCCAAGGCCGAGGGCCAGGUCGUUUUUCAGCAGCUCUACCUUUCCUCGAAUGAUACUGAGACCCAGGAUCUUCUAGACCGCUCCAAGGCCGCUGGUGCAAACGCCAUUGUAUUUACCGUCGACUCUGCGGCAGAUGGGAACAGACACCGAGCUGCCCGCUAUGGCGUCGGAUCUGCUGAUUCUGAAUAUACUUACAUCACCUGGGAUUAUUACAAGAAGGUCUCCACCAUGACUGAUCUCCCAGUCAUUCUCAAAGGAAUCAUGACUGUCGAUGAUGCUAAGCUUGCAGUUAAGAACAAAGUUCCAGCUAUCAUUCUCUCCAAUCACGGCGGCAGGCAGCUCGAUGGGAGCCCUUCGUCUCUCGAGGUGGCUAUUGAGAUACACGAAAAAGCUCCUGAGGUCUUCAAGCAAAUCGAAGUCUAUGCGGACGGUGGUGUUCGAUACGGUGCUGAUGUGCUCAAGCUGCUGUCGCUAGGUGUCAAAGCUGUUGGUCUCGGUCGUCCAUUCAUGUUUGCCAACGUCUUUGGUACUAAAGGUAUCGAAAAAGCCAUCCAAAUUAUUAAACACGAGAUUGCUAUUGAUGCUGCGAAUCUCGGUGUUGGCAAUCUCGACAAGAUUGACCCCAGCUAUGUCCAGUGGACUCCCAACAACUGGAUGGGAUAA